UGUUAUUGUAUUACAUUAUUUUAAAUGGAAAAUACGUAAAGACGCUUACAAAUUUUUCAUUAAAAAAAUAAAGGCUUUUCAAUGAAAGUUUCUAGUUUAAGUAGUAUUUACAACUUUUAAGAUAGAUAUUUAUUUGUAUCUUCAAACAAUACAAUGGAGCACAGCCCCUUAGACUUUGUAGCUCAAUCAUGUAUGGAUCUCACUGAAGCUCUAAGUAGUGCAAACAACGAAGCUGAACGUGACACUCUAAUAAAUAACCAUAUCAAGAAAGUAUGGCCGUGCGUGGCACCAGUCGAAGACUUCAAAAAGAGUUUAGAGUGGAUCAAUGUUUCAGAACCAAUAAUUCUGUCGCAGCAUUGCCUCAAUAAGGUGGUAGUGUUGGACUUCUGGACUUAUUGUUGUAUAAACUGUUAUCAUGUUCUACCCGACCUGGCACAUUUAGAAAAACUGUAUACAGUUGAAAAUGGACUUGUUGUAAUUGGUGUACAUUCAGCUAAAUUCCUAAAUGAAAAAGACUACAGUAAGGUUGCAGCUGCUGUUCAACGGUACAACAUUCAGCAUCCCGUUGUGAAUGAUGCUGAGAGUUCUGUUUGGGAAGCUCUUGGUAUUAAGUGUUGGCCCACUAUACUUAUACUUGGUCUCGGUUGCAAACCAUUAUUUGUCUUUACUGGAGAAGGUCAUAAAGAUGAGCUGGUGAUGUUUGUUGAUGCAACAUUAAAACAUUUUUCAUCACGGAUAUCAAAUGCUGCAUUGCCCAUUGCAAUUUCAAACCAAACCAAAUCUAAAGAAGAUGAUGUUCUCUCAUUUCCCAGUAAGCUGGCGCUGAAUACAUUCUACAAAGGUAGAUCAGAAGAACCAUUCCUAGCUAUUGCUGAUACGGGCCACCACCGUGUUCUGUUGACGGACUGUUCUGGAAUCGUCUUACGUAUCAUUGGAGGACCAAAACCCGGAUUUAAAGAUGGAAAGUUUGCCGAAGCCCAAUUCAAUACGCCCCAGGGUCUGUGCUGGCUGUCAAGUACAGUGCUAGCAGUCUGUGACACCAACAAUCACGCGCUGCGAGCCAUACACCUUGACGACGGUACCGUGGAGCUGCUGGCCGGGACGGGACAGCAGAGCGCGCAUGGAGACCUAGGAGGUAAAUGUCUCGGAAUGCAACCGCUAUCGUCGCCGUGGGACGUGGUCCUGUACAGCACCCCGGACCUCGACAUGUCGGUGCGACCUCUCCUCCCGCCGCCCCGACCCCCGGGACAACCCGCAGACGCCGACAGAAACGACAAAAGCAACAAACCAGAGGCUACCGAUAAAGAGAAGAAGGAUGAAAAGCGACGCGUACUCGUGAUAGCUUGCGCCGGCUGCCAUCAGAUCUGGGCGCUGUUCCUGGACACUACCAUAUGGUGGAAAUACAAAACGUAUACUGAAGGUACGUGCGCGUGCAUAGCGGGGUCGGGCGCGGAGGCGGCGCGGAACAGCGCAUACCCCAACACGGCGGCCUUCGCGCAGCCCGGGGGACUCACCAUCAGGAACGGUUCAAAUCCGGAAAUGUUCAUAGCGGAUUCGGAGAGCUCCUCAAUAAGACGACUUGCAUUAAAUACUGGUCAGGUGUCCACGUUGUGCGGCGGGGACCGUAAUCCCCUGAAUCUGUUUGCGUUCGGUGACGUCGACGAGAUAGGAGUAGACGCCAAGUUUCAGCAUCCGCUGGCCGUCGCUUAUUGCGAGACCUCCAAAGUUCUGUACGUGGCCGAUACGUACAAUCACAAAAUCAAGAAAGUAGACAUCGGCCUACAGAAGGUGACGUCACUGAACCCGACCAAGAUCGAAACGACGGAGCCGGCGCAGUUCAACGAACCCUCCGGAAUAUCGAUCAGUCCCGACGGGAAAUAUCUAUACGUGGCCGACACGAACAAUCACAGCGUUAGAAUCGUUAAUCUAGUUAAGAACGUUUGUCAGGACCUGAAGGUGCGCCUCGCCGAGCCCAAGUUCACGGAGCCGGAGAACUUGAUACUGUACAAGAGCGAUCUCUUCGUGAACAGGAAAUGUGGCAGCUUAAUCAUAUAUUUCAAUGUCAGCUUGGACGUUGAUAUAAAGAAUGUUAAGUUCACACCUGGGGCGCCGCAGAAUUGGCAAAUCUGCGUCCGAGACAGCAACAAUAAGGACGUGACGCUCGACGACUUCGAUUUCGUCGGCUGCUCCAACAAAGGCUCGAAGCUCCCCGGCCGAGUCGAUAUGAAACUAAAGCAGAGAACCGAUAAGACUCAUUAUCGCUUGUACCUCAGUUUCCAUACGUCAUUGUGCGACGCGUCGGUCUGUUUCUCUCACACGUUCACGAUACGGUCCACGAUUUUGGUUCGUGACUCCGUCAAAAUGAUCGAGUCGUACAAGAUCACUUGUAAAGUGAAUCCCGUCAAUCGUGACAGUAGAACUGAUAAAACUGCCUCUUAAAUAAAUGAGUGACUGAUUUUUUGUAUGUACCCUUUGAAGAUUAUUUUAAUUUCACACAAUCACCGAAAGUUACCUGUGUAAAACGUUACAUUUGCAAUAAAUAAAUAUUUUAAUACUAAUGUAAUUUAACGAAUACU